GGACUUGUAUAAAAACGUCUGCAUAUUCAAACGUAAUUGAUUAAGUCAGUUUGAGUAAAUGAACAGUAUGACCCUAUUGAUCACCGCAAAUUGUGGAAAAGAGUCUUCAUUGUUGUGAUGGGGGUCGUGUCCUACAUAAUUGUUAAAUCUUUACUGUAACCACAUGGUGACGCCCAAUAUAACCGCACUGGCGCAAACGCACACGAUUGGAGGACACGCGGAGCGCACAACUGCAUGCAGAUCCGAGAGAGAGAGAGAGAGACAGACCACUAAAGCCGGCAGAUGAGAGGAGGCGUAAAUGUCUUUUUGAGGAAAAUUGCAGUUGCUGCCGCUUCCAAACCAGCUGUUGAGAUUACACAGCAGGGAGAAAGCCUUUCGAUUCAGACCUCUACCAGUGUGCGAACCACUCAUAUCUCCUUCACGGUGGGCCAGUCCUUCAAUGAGACAACAGUGGAUGGACGCCCAUGCACAAGUUUUCCAAAAUGGGAGACCGACAGUAAAAUCACUUGUGAGCAGACACUGCAAAAGGGGGAGGGGCCUGAAACCUCAUGGAUACGUGAGCUGACCAAUGACGGCCAGAUGAUACUAACUAUGAGAGCCGGAGAUGUUGUCUGCACCCGUGUGUAUGAGCGCGACUGAAUGAUCUUUAAACUGCAAUUCAUUCCACACAAUUUACAGUGUAUUAAUGCUGGUUUACUAUCAUACAAAUAGCUUGUUCAUUCCAGUUUUGAAAGUUUCUUUUUUGCAUGUUUUAUUGGGUCUGUUUGUGACAAAGAAGAAGAGAGUUUGAAGCAUGAAAGUAUACUCUUUUUUUUACCAACGAAUCUCUUAAAAAACUGUAUUUAUUGUUAUUGUCUGUGCUUUUUCUCGCAGUUUCAUGUAUAUACCACAAUGUGGUUUUUCAAUAAAAAAUAUCAUAAAUAAA